AUGUCUUAUUACAGUUUUCUUAUAUUUUUAUUCAUUUUAGUAGUCAAUACUACCGCUGCUAGCUUCACACCGACCAAAACAUUGUUUUUUUAUCUUCUACUUCCUUUCUCUCUUCUUUUCUUUCUCUAUUUCUUCCUUUCUCUCUUCUUUUCUUUCUCUAUUUCUUCCUUUCUCUCUUUUUCUUUUAUUUUCUUUUCUUUUUCUCUCUUUUUUUUUCUCUAUUUCUUCCUUUCUCUUCUUUUCUUUCUCUAUUUCUUCCUUUCUCUCUUCUUUUCUUUCUCUAUUUCUUCCUUUCUCUCUUCUUUUCUUUCUCUAUUUCUUCCUUUCUCUCUUCUUUUCUUUCUCUAUUUCUUCCUUUUUCUCUUCUUUUCUUUCUCUAUUUCUUCCUUUCUCUCUUCUUUUCUUUCUCUAUUUCUUCCUUUCUCUCUUCUUUCUCUAUUUCUUCCUUUCUCUCUUCUUUUCUUUCUCUAUUUCUUCCUUUCUCUCUUCUUUUCUUUCUCUAUUUCUUCCUUUCUCUCUUCUUUUCUUUCUCUAUUUCUUCCUUUUUCUCUUCUUUCAUUUAUCUCUUCCUUCCUUUCUCUUAUUCUUCAUUUAUUUCUCUCUUCCUUCCUUCUCUCUUCUUUCUCUCUUCCUUCUUUUCUUCCUUUCUCUCUUCUUUCCUUACCCUCUACCUUUCUCUCUUUCUUCCUUUCUUUUAUCAUUUAUUUCUCUCUUCCUUCUAUUCUCUCUUCCAUCCUUUCUAUCUUCCUUCCUUUCUCACUUCCUUCCUUUCUCUCUUCCUUCCUUUCUCUCUUCCUUCCUUCUCUCUUCUUUCUCUCUUCCUUCCUUCUCUCUUCUUUCUCUCUUCCUUCCUUCUCUCUUCUUUCUCUCUUCCUUCUUUUCUCCUUUUCUUCCUUUCUCUCUUCUUUCCUUACCCUCUACCUUUCUCUCUUUCUUCCUUUCUUUUAUCAUUUAUUUCUCUCUUCUUUCUAUUCUCUCUUCCAUCCUUUCUCUCUUCCUUCCUUCCUUCCUUCUCUCUUCCUUCCUUCUCUCUUCUUUCUCUCUUCCUUCCUUUCUCCUUUUCUUCCUUUCUCUCUUCUUUCGUUUCCUUCUACCUUCCUCUCUUUCUUUCUUCCUUUCUUUUAUCAUUUAUUUCUCUCUUCCUUCUCUUCUGUUUUCCAUCCUUUCUCUCUUCCAUCCUUUCUCUCUUCCUUCCUUCAUUUCUUUCUUCCUUCCUGUCUCUCUACCUUCUUCACUCUCUUCCUUUCUUUAUUUCAUCAUUUCUUUCUCUCUUCCUUCUUCCUCUCUUCAUCCCUUUCUUUCUUACUUCCUUUCGUUCUUUAUUUAUUUCUCUACGAACUUCCUUCUUUUAUUUUCCUUCCUGCCUUCGUUUCUCGCUUAAUUUGUUACUAUCUUCUUUCUUUCCUCUUUUGUUUUCUUCCCCCUCCUCUCCGCAUUUCUUUUUCUAACUCUUCUUUUUUCUCUUCAUUAUUUCUCUCUUCUUUACGUUUGCCCUCCUUUUCCUUCCUUCUUCCCUACUCUCUCUCUCUCUCUCUUUCCUUCUUCAUCACUUCUUUCCUUUCUCUCCAUUUAUCUCUCUCUCUCUCUCUUCCUUUCUCUUCUCAUUUCUUUUCCUCCACCUUCUUUUCUGUCCUGCUUUCUUUCGCUUGUAGUUGGGAUCUAUUCUUAUCGCUCUCUUUCUGUCUUGCUUUCUUCUCCUCUUUUUUUACUCCCUAUAUUUUCUCUUAUUCUCUCCGUCUCUUUCUAUCAAAUGCAACGCCAGCAAGGGAACCAUAUCUCCGAGCAACCGCUACCGUCUCUGUCGACACCUCUGUACUACUACAGCCACAACAAUCAGCCAAUAUCAUAACAGCUGGUGACGGUGAAGAUGGUGACGCCAGUGUAACUGCUGUGACUGGUACAGUUACGAGAAGAACGACCACGCCCAGUAUAUACCAUAUUUGGCAAAAGAUGUGGCGACUGCAUGUAAAAUACAUGGGCAUGUGGCACAAAGUACAGUAG